UUGCUAGAGAAGAUGGAAAAUGAUGACAUUUGUAAUAAAACUCUGAAGAUUACAGACUUUGGUCUGGCUAGAGAGUGGCACAGAACAACCAAAAUGAGUGCAGCAGGGACUUAUGCGUGGAUGGCCCCAGAAGUUAUCAAGUCCUCCAUGUUUUCUAAAGGAAGUGAUAUUUGGAGUUAUGGAGUGUUGCUGUGGGAACUGCUUACAGGAGAAGUUCCUUACCGUGGCAUUGAUGGCCUUGCUGUGGCUUACGGAGUUGCUGUCAAUAAGCUUACUUUGCCCAUUCCAUCCACCUGCCCUGAACCAUUUGCAAAACUAAUGAAAGAAUGCUGGGAGCAGGACCCUCAUAUCCGACCAUCGUUUGCCUUAAUUCUUGAACAGCUUACUGCCAUUGAAGGGGCAGUUAUGACUGAAAUGCCUCAAGAGUCUUUCCAUUCCAUGCAAGAUGACUGGAAAUUGGAAAUUCAGCAGAUAUUCAAUGAAUUGAGGACCAAGGAAAAAGAGCUUCGUUCACGAGAAGAGGAGUUGACAAGAGCAGCUCUUCAACAAAAGUCUCAAGAAGAAUUACUUAAGCGCCGCGAGCAACAGUUAGCAGAACGUGAGAUUGAUGUACUGGAGCGUGAGCUGAAUAUCAUGAUAUUCCAGUUAAAUCAAGAGAAACCCAAUGUGAAGAAGAGGAAGGGCAAAUUUAAAAGAAGCCGGUUAAAACUUAAAGACGGGCACAGAAUUAGUUUGCCUUCAGAUUUCCAGCACAAAAUAACAGUACAGGCAUCCCCCAAUCUGGAUAAGAGGAGGAGUUUAAACAGUAACAGUUCUAGCCCAUCAAGUAGCCCCACAAUAAUUCCUCGUCUUCGAGCUAUACAAUUAACUUCAGAUGAAAGCAACAGAACUUGGGGAAGAAGCACAACUUAUCACCAAGAAGAGUUUGAAGAUGUGAAGAGGAGUUUUAAAAAGAGAGGUUGUACAUGGGGACCAAGUUCAGUUCAAACAAAGGAUCGUGCAGAUUGUAAGGACAAAAUAAGACCCCUUUCAGAUGGCAGCAACCCUUGGUCAACCCUUUUAAUGAAGAAUCAGAAGGGUGUUCCCUUAGCUUCACUAUUUGUGGACCAAGGUGUCUGUACUGAUAAGAAACAUCUCCCUGAAGGUUUGGACGGUAAAAGACCAAAGCCAAUUAAGUUGCCAAAUCAGGCCUAUAUUAAUCUACCUCUUUGGAAAGAUGAUCAGGGAGAGAAUACAGUAGAACAUGAGAGCUUUGAAGAAGGAACCUCUGCUAGUUCUACAAAUAGUACUCCUCAAAUGACACCUACAAACAGUCUGAGCAGGACGCUGCAGAAAAAGAAGACUGAUUCAGUGCUGUAUGGUUGUGCUGUCCUCCUUGCAUCUGUAGCCCUGGGCUUAGAUAUCAGAGCGCUGAACAAAUUGCAGGGUCCGGAUGAACUCUUGCCUAAAGAUGAGAAGAAGAAGCGUGAUGGAAUAUUUCAGCGGGCUUCAAAAUUUCGCAGGAGUGCUAGCCCUACAAGACUGCAGUCCAAGAAAGAGGAAACAAGUAUUCCAUCCCUAAACCCAGCUGCAAAUACUGUGAAUCUUCUCUCUAUGCCCUCCAUUUCCACAAAAUGCCUACUUCAGUCUGACAGUGAAGAUGCGUUUGUAAGCACUGUGCUUGGUGAUGGUGGUCCAUGUAGUUCCACUGAUGACUUUUCAUCUGAAACUUCUGAAAGUAAGAGAGAACAGAGGAUACAGCUGGCUCCUAACACGGUUUCUACACGAUUAAAAAAUCAACCUUUUAAUCUUUGUCUGCAACAAGAAUCUCAAAAUGUGCCAAAUCAUUCCUCGACAAAGUUAAGUGUGUUGGGUCACAGACGAACCUUAUCAGAUGGGAACAAUUUUCAAACCACAGCUAAUGGAUUUGCUUCAACCAGUGAUGUCUCCACAUUACCAGUUCUGUCAGUUACUGGAACUCUGCGCUCUCCAUCUGUUCAACAAGCAAGCAACCACAGGGGUGUUUCAACUGAAAAGCAAAGCGUUGUCAAUAUUAUAUCAAGGCCUCGACCUUCUUCUCUAAGAAGUAAAAUUGAUGCAUGGCAGAUUAUUCCACGUAUAACUAAACCAAACUCUAGAGACUCUGAAUACUUAGAGGGCAAUGUAGAUCCAGAUGUUAACUUCUUGCCAGAUACAGAGGAAAGAACUAACUGCCACAUGCCCACAUUACUUGAUAUUGAUGUGGAAGGUCAAAACAGAGACUGUACUGUACCUUUAUGUAGAAUGAAGAGCAAAACUUGUCGGCCAUCUAUAUAUGAACUGGAGAGAGAGUUCCUGUCAUGAGUGCCUUUCAUUUUAAAAAUGUUUGCUUUUUAAAGGGGAACAAAUAUAAAAUUCUUGUCC